GGCGGAUUCCGAGCCCUCAUCGGACGGCCAAAAGGAGGGCCAUGAACUAGCCUUAGGGUUGGAGGCAUCGAAAGAUCAGUCUCUUCAAACCCUCAAGCUUCUACCCUGCGAGAUUUCUCUCCGUUGUUGCAGCCAUGGGUAUCGACUUGAAGGCCGGGGGCCGCAACAAGAAGACCAAGCGCACCGCGCCCAAGAGUGGCAAUGUUUAUCUAAAGCUCCUUGUGAAGUUGUACCGGUUUUUGGUUAGAAGAACGGACGCUCCAUUCAAUGCAGUCGUGCUGAAGCGGCUGUUUAUGAGCCGUAUCAACCGACCUCCUAUCUCCAUGUCCCGACUUGUGAGAUAUAUGAAGGGCAAGGAAGACAAGAUUGCCGUUAUAGUCGGGUCAGUCACUGACGACACCAGGAUCUAUGAAGUCCCAGCUUUGAAGGUGGCAGCUCUCCGCUUCACCGAAACUGCCCGCGCUCGCAUCUUGAAGAACGGAGGAGAGGUUUUGACCUUUGAUCAGCUUGCACUGAGAGCUCCAACCGGAUCCAACUGUGUGCUGUUGAGGGGACCAAAGAAUGCUCGUGAGGCGGUGAAGCACUUCGGAGCACCUGGUGUACCACGUAGUCACGCCAAGCCCUACGUGCGUUCCAAGGGCCGCAAGUUUGAGAAGGCUCGUGGUCGUCGUAACAGCAGAGGGUUUAAGGUUUAAACAAUGCUCUUUCUGUGAUAGAAGAAGUUACUUCUUCACACGCUUGUGUACGUUGAAUUUUAAUUGAUUCAAACCCCAUUGCACGCCCUAUUUUAUGUCA